AUGAAUGAAUUAGCUACCGCCAAAAAGAAUAGAACUAAAGGAUUGAUAUUUCGAAAAUUUAAAAAUGAAGAGGAUUUAAAAAAUAUUGAAAAGGUUAUCUCAGAAACAAAAGAAAAUGGAGAAAAAGAACUCAAAAUUAUUAAAGAAUCUCAUGAUAAAGAAAAUAAAAUCAUUUUUGACAAUGCUUUUAAAGAGGGAUACGAUAAUACUAUCGAUCUAAAUGGAGAAGAUAACGAAGAACAAAUUCAAAAUGAGACAAAAAGAAUAAAAUUGAAAAAUGAACAAGAAAUGAAAUGUAUUGAAGAGUUGUUUGAAAAAAAAAUUGAAAAAAUGAAAACCCAAUAUGAAAAAGACAUUGAAGUUUGGGAUGGUUCAAUUGAAUACUAUAAAUACCAAUGUGAACAAUUUGACAGAAAAGAAGCACAAAAAAGAUCUAGAAAAUCAAUUCGAGGUUAUCGUGGUAGAGGACAAUUCCAUCAUAAUUUUGGAAACUAUUAA